AUGCGGAGGAGGAAAGUAAAGACGGGCGCUGCGAUCUAUGAGGUCAACCGAAUCGCCGCUGCCAAAGUGAAACGCGAAGCACUCAAAUCACAGCUACGCCCCGUCCGCAACUUCGACGCACAACCGCUUCCAACGUGUCCUCGGUGUAAACGGACAUUCCGGACACGAAUUGAACUCAAAGGACACCUUCGGACCAACUGUACCACCCAUACCGCACCAACCGCCGUCCCUCCGCCCGCCUCCUCCUCGUCCUCCCCGCCGCCAACUAACUCUGACAAUUCCUUUGAACCACCGCCUCCAUCAUCCUCCUCCUCCGGCUCCUCCUCCUGCCCCACUGCACCAACCCCAGCAGCUCUGGUGGCCAUCACUCACAUCAGCAUCACACACAUCCAAAACACAACAACAGACACCAUUCCUCCAACCCCCGACUCCAGGGGUGAGGGCCAGGACUACACCUGCCCUCACUGCGACCGCACCUUCACCUCACACAUUGGCCUGGUCAGUCACUUGCGAAUCCAUCACACAGAGACUGGUAAACUAGUGCCAGAAGCACAAACCUACACCCACCGCACUCGCCUCCACGGUCCACGUUGCCCUCGCACCUACAUGCAUUGCAUGGGUCUAUUCGGCCACAUGCGUAUCCACGAGAGCGGAAUUGACCGCCCUCCCGACUCACCCACCACGCCAAACCCAUCCCCAAUUCAUCACCAUUUGCGCCCACCACCGUUAUCGCAACUGACAUCGACAGCACCGACUUCACCAUCCUACACUGUCCACGCACAUUCCCCUCUCGCAUAG